AUGGCUCCUACAAAUCAGACUGUCCGCAAAUCCACCAUUGGUAAGGCACUUAGGAAACAAGUGGCUACAAAAGCUGCUCAUAAGUGUGCACCCUCUACUGGAGGAGUGAAGAGACCUCAUUGUUACAGGUCCAAUGCAGUGGCACUCCGUGAAAUCAGACGCUAUCAUAAGUCCACUGAACUGAUUCACAAGUUUCCCUUUCAGCGUCUGGUGCGAGAAAUAGCUCAGGACUUAAAAACAGAUCUGCUCUUCCAGAGUGCAGCUAUUGGUUCUUUGCAGGAGUCAAGUGAGAUCUAUCUGGUUGGCCUUUUUGAAGAUACCAACCUGUGUGCUAUCCAUGCCAAAAGUAUAACAAUUAUGCCAAAAAAUAUCCAGCUAGCAGGCUGCAUACACAGAGAACAUGCUUAA